AUGGGGGAGCACCCGCACAAUCACAAAAUCACCUGCACGCUUCCCCAACACCAGUUCUCGAGACACCCGCCACAAAAUGUCCACACCUUUACACGCAACACACCGCCAUCGGUCGAUUCCGAAGAGAACGAGAAGAGGCCACUAGAUCUUAUACAACGCUUGGAGAAGAAACUGGCGGAAUACAACGCGUCCCAGAAUGUAUUCAAGAGAUGGCUUUUCGAGAUGGUCAGUUGGGUGGUGAGCGCAUCUUGCAUGGGUGCCAUCAUUGGUAUCUAUAUAUCAAUCAGCGGAGAGGAGAUGACCAAGAGCGAACAAUUCCUCACCAUGGCCAACAUCUUAGGCAAGGUGGCAUCCGCUGCCCUUAUCGUACCGACCUCUGAGGCACUCGGACAGCUGAAGUGGCAUUGGUUUCACGAGUCCAAGGCGAUGUGGGACUUCGAGAUCUUUGACAAGGCAUCCCGCGGCGCCUGGGGUGCUGCGCUACUCCUAUUCCGAACGAAAGGAAGAUCACUUGCUGCGUUGGGGGCACUUCUCAUCGUGCUACUACUUGCCAUCGACACAUUCUUCCAGCAAGUGGUAACUUAUCCGGAUCAUUGGGCUAUGCAGAACUCUUCCGCUUCGAUCCCAGUCGUCAAGCAGUACCGUCCACCUCAACUCAAGCUAUACCUCAAAGGUCAAGAACUGUUGACGUACGAUGAGUUGACUGCUGCUACCGUUAAGAAGUACUUCUAUGGGAACGGCACGCGAUCUACACAGCUGGGGCGAGGCAUUCGUCCUGAAAUUCCCUUGUCGUGCCCUACUAGCAAUUGUAUUUUCCCAGAGUACGACACUCUUGCAACGUGCAGCAGCUGCGCGGAGGUCUCUCGCAGUCUAAACAUUACUCACGCAUGUCUCAACACUACGAUCGACUGGAGUGCCAACUACCAAGGCCCGAUAGAUAGUGUUCCAUAUCCAAACGGGACCGUGUGUGGGUAUUUCCUCAACAUCACAUCGAGUACACCGCUCCUUCUCUCGGGAUACGUGGUACAAGAAAAUGGAACGACAAACACUACUGGCGAGGCUCUGUUGAUGCGCACAGUUCCUCUUAGCGACUUCUGGACUCGAGACCCCUACUACGGUUCGGGUUCCGUCGCCUUUAAAGACAUCCGUUAUCCGAUAUAUGACGGUCUUAUCUCUUCCGCGGCGAAUGGUCUUGACAGUGUGUUCCAGCACGAGCCUCCUGUAGUUCACGAAUGCGUAUUAUCGUGGUGUGUUCAACGUAUGCGGUCAUCUUAUGAAUCGGGCAUAUACAGUGAGAGCAUUCUCUCAACGCAUCUGAACUUAGCGACCGGCCCAGCACCAUGGCCUUGGAUCGUCACGAAAAUGGAGGCUGGUACGGAUUUUGUUUACGCACUCAACGUAACUCUCGAGGUGCCAUCGCAAAGCUUGCCAGGUUCGACUUUGCCAGGCCCCAACGUUACAUAUUCAGUCUGGAACGAAACCAUCUCCAAUGUCAACGCUAUCUGGGACGACUUCUUUCCGGCGUCUUACACAACCAAUGAUUCAGCGACGCAACCUGUACUUAGAUUUCAGAAUUACGAAGCAGGCCCCUAUACCCGGAUUCUGGAAUUUAAUCCCUGGCUAGCACCUAACAACGUCACCCACCAUAUGGAGAGGCUAGCAACAGACAUGACUAACAUGAUUCGGUCCAACGCUAAUAGUAACGAGAUGAUAGCCGGAAAAGCAUACAGUAUGGAGAAGUUUGUCCAUAUUAACUGGCUGUGGCUCAUCUUUCCGCUUCUACUACUCUUACUUAGCUUGGUGUUCUUGGUUGCUACUAUCGUCAAAACGUCCAAGGACACCGAGACGGGUAUAUGGAAGACUUCGGCGAUGCCAGCAUUGAUAUACAGCCUCCCCAAGGAGACACAGAAUAAGCUCAGCCCGGAAUCAAAGUGGAACGACGCCCACGAGAGCAGCAGGAAGGUUCGGAUCAAACUGCAACCGAACAGGGGCUGGAGAGUCUCUGGCAUCAGCCACGUGAGCACUUCACCACAGUUACCACGGCCAGCUGUCCAGGCACCGCGCGGUUGGAUAUGA